CAAGUUCUGUGAGUUGCAACCGAAAAGCUGUAAUUAUUAAUUUUACCAGAUUUCUAGACCGAGUUAAUUCGAGGCCUAUAAAGUUGCAGUCAAGGGCGGUAGGGAAAAAAAGCUGGAGAAGACGAGGACUUAAAUUGAAUUUGAAAGUCAGCAGCUUUACUAAUUUCAAGUGCGAGAAUUAUAGAAGGGUGUGGAACAAAAAAGGAGGAACGUCGUCCCCCAGUCCAUUACUACUACACUUCAUCCGUUUCAAACCGCCAUCGCAAUCCAAUAUCUCACUCGCUCCAUCACUCGGAGGCCAAAAUCACAAAAAAUUCAUCGGUAUGUCAAGUUUGCUUGGAACUGCGAUGUUCUUCAUUCUAGUCCCAAUCGGAGCAGAGGCUAUUUAGUUCAUUGUUGCUUUCAUAUAAGGUGCUGAAAGUUCUCUUUGCAGUCAAUCGUAUAACUCGCUUUUUACGUUGAAAUUCUUACUGGACUUUUGAAACAUCCUGGGAAAGCGAGUGACUUGAAACUUCAAAUACUACUGCUCUCUGUCUUCUUUUUUCUCCUCAGCCUGUGGUACCUUCCAUCAGUCCUUGAUACUUGUGCAGACAAGAGCAACUAAAAUGGACAAUCAUAAAUCUACAUUCAUGAAUGGUAAGAAUAACAAGCAAGAGGUCUGUAAUUUCCAAGGAGAAUCGGGGAAAGAUCUUUGGAAAGAUGGCCUCAUAUUUGCUUUUGAAUUUGUUCGAGGAAAUAGGUUCACGAGUCCAAACAAAUUACGUAAAGGUGUUCAAAAUGUAAAUAAUAGGCGAACCAUCCAUCGUGUAACCGAACCAGAAUCUUUAAUAGACCUUAAUAGCAGUACUCCAAAUGAAGCAGCUGAAGGAGCUUCCCACAUUGAUGAUAAUAAAGAAACCUUGAAGCAAUACAUAACACAGUUAUAUGAUAGCCAUUGGGUUCCUAUCGGAUGGGAAAGGAUAAAAGAACUGGUUCAAAUGGUGCAAGUUGAUGCAAAUUGGGCUUCGCAACAGAUAAACUUAGAGGAGGAUGAGGACGAUUUUACAGUUGCUGAUGUUGUCGCACCUUAUUGGGAGCGUCCAACGGGGCCCACAUGGUGGUGUCAUGUUAAUCCUGCAUGUCAAUCCAUUCAAUCCUGGCUAAGUAGUGCUCAGUGGCUGCAUCCUGCCAUCAGUAUUGCUCUCAGAGAUGAAAGCCGGCUUAUAAGUGAACGCAUGAAGCACCUUUUAUAUGAGGUCCCAGUUAGGGUGGCAGGUGGUCUGUUAUUUGAGCUCUUGGGGCAGUCCGUUGGUGACCCAUUUUGUGACGAAGAUGACAUACCUAUUGUGCUUAGAUCUUGGCAAGCUCAAAACUUUUUAGUAACUGCAUUGCAUGUCAAAGGCUCUGCAUCGAACAUAAAUGUCCUGGGGAUCACAGAAGUUCAGGAGCUUCUUCUUGCUGGUGGGAGUACAGCUCCUAAGUCAGUUCAUGAAGUCAUAGCACAUUUGGCAUGCCGACUUUCUCGAUGGGAUGAUAGGCUGUUUCGGAAGUUUGUUUUUGGAGCAGCAGAUGAAAUUGAGUUGAAAUUUGUAAAUAGGAGAAGUCGUGAAGAUCUUAAUCUACUGAGUCUAAUAUUAAACCAAGAGAUUAGAAGAUUAGCGACACAGGUUAUUAGAGUUAAAUGGUCCCUUCAUGCAAGGGAGGAGAUUGUCUUUGAGCUUGUCCAACACUUGAGGGGUAUUAACACGAGAAGCCUGUUAGAGGGAAUAAAAAAGAGUACAAGGGAAAUGUUGGAGGAACAAGAAGCUGUUCGUGAACGCCUCUUUACAAUUCAGGAUGUGUUGCAGAGUACUGUCCGUGCAUGGUUGCAGGACAAAAGUCUUCGAGUUACUCACAACUUAACCAUAUUUGGGGGUGUUGGCCUUGUCCUCUCCAUCAUCACGGGGCUCUUUGGGAUUAACGUAGAUGGCAUACCAGGGGCAGAAGGGACUCCAUAUGCUUUUGGCUUGUUUUCUGGGGUCCUCUUUUUCAUUGGAUUUGUUCUCAUUGGACUCGGGAUGCUAUAUCUUGGACUAAAGAAGCCAAUUACCGAAGAGCAGGUUCAAGUGAGGAAAUUAGAACUUCAACAGCUUGUAUCGAUGUUUCAACACGAAGCCGAAACUCAUGCUAAAGUCAGAGAGGGAAGCGGAAACGUUUAUAGACACAAUUUGCCGCCAACAGCUGCAGAUAUGAUUUAUGAUACGGACUAUGUGCUUAUUGCAUGAAAAUAGAUGUUUUUGUGGUCCGUAGGAGAGUUCAGUUGAAAAGUUAUUUUUAUGGAUGCCAGAAUUACACCAUAUUGCAUUAUCUGUGAAUGAUUCUCGUCCCUUUGGUUCAUGCGAAUUUUGCAAGAAAGACAACCUGUUACCUUGGGGUCAACCGUGCUGAAUCUUUCCGCUUCUGGAAAGCAAAUUUUGUAGCAUUUAAUGUAAAGGCUAAUGCGCACUUCAAUACCUUAAUACUUUCCUCUAGUUUGCACUUACAUAUAUCCUCACUUGUUUUUGGUAGCA